UUUAAUCAGUUCCAAACACCAAUUAAAUAGUAAAAUAUGGCUUCACUUUCCUCAUCCACCACCGCCACCAUAAGCAGAGCAGUCCCAGCUCAAGCCACCAUGGUGGCUCCGUUCACCGGUCUCAAGUCUACCACAGCUUUUCCGGCAACCAAACAGGCCAAAACCGGCUUCUCCACCCUCCCCAGCAACGGCGGCAGGGUGCAGUGCAUGAAGGUGUGGCCACCACUCGGGUUGAAGAAGUACGAGACUCUUUCAUACCUGCCACCAUUGUCUGAGGCCUCAUUGGCUAAGGAAGUUGACUAUCUUCUUCGCAGCAAAUGGGUUCCUUGUUUGGAAUUCGAACUGGAACAUGGGUUUGUCUACCGUGAGAACCACAAGUCUCCGGGGUACUAUGAUGGAAGAUACUGGACAAUGUGGAAGCUGCCCAUGUUUGGGUGCACUGAUUCGGCUCAGGUGCUGAAGGAGCUUGAAGAAUGCAAGAAGGAGUACCCAAAUGCCUUUAUUCGUAUUAUUGGCUUUGAUAAUGUCCGUCAAGUACAGUGUAUUAGUUUCAUUGCAUCUAAGCCAGCGGGGUUCUAAACAAGUGUACGUACCUUUGGUGGCACGUUUUUAGUAUUUCCACUUUUGUAAUGUUGUGUGAAUUUUUGUCCCCGAAUAAAUGACAUAUAUAAAAUCAAAGGUUUAUACUUUGAAUAAUUUAAUAUUACAACUCUUAAUGAA